CUCCCCAUUGCUGACGAAUAUAUAAAAACCAUGUCAGAUACCUUGAUAGAAUCUUCUUCAACAAAGGCUCUCGGACGAUCGGAUAUCGAUAUUGACGCACUUCCUUAUGUUGACCGUGAAAUCGAUGAUGCAGAUAUGAAGGCUUCAGUAGAUCGACUUAUUGAACAAGAAAUGCGACGUAUGAAACGAAAAGAACGAUCCGAACUACCAUUAUCCGUUGAUCUUUUCCAAAAUAAUGAUAUAUUAUCACAGGAAUGGCAUCGUGUUGGGAAGAAGGAAAAUUUGGUAGCAUUAGACGAAACACGAUAUGAGCUCCAAGGACCUGAUUCGGAUGAUGUAGAAGCAUGGAAAAAAGCAGUUGAUAACACUAAAGCACAAUUAGAAUCUCAAGCUGGAAGUAUGUUUAAUUUGGAAUUACUUCAAAAAUAUGGUGCCAAUGCCUGGCGUGUACAUAACUACCAAUUGGAAGCUGAUUUAAAACAAAUUCAACAAGAAACCGAAGACUAUCGUAAUCAAAUCAAUCAAAUCAAUAGAGAACGAAAAGCUGACCAGAUGAAAGCUGCAGAAACGUUACAAGCAUUGGAAAACAAAUGGUCGGAUCUGAUUAGUCAAAAUCUUCAAGUGGAAAUUGGAUGUGCUGCCUUGGAAAGCGAAGUGGAGGAAUUACGACAAUAUAGACAAAAGAUGGGAACUCAAUGAAUACAUCAAACAACAUUAUGCUUUUUUGGUCCCCCUUUUUUUUUUGUGCUAGUUAGUUUGUAUAGUUAGUUAGAUGAUUUAUCUUAUACUCCCUCUUUUUUUGUUGCUUUUCCUUCUUUUUAUAUGAAGUCUAUUGUUGUAAAUAAAAAAAAAUACAUGGUUUUAUUCCUUUUC